UCGACGUUGUUCAACGCCGAGACUUCGGAGUUGUUUUCACAGCUUUUGGGCUUGAAGUUUGACCAGAAGUUCGCUGCAUUCAAACGUGAUCUAGACGAGAAAGAAGCUAUCACUCAGUCCCAACUGAAGAAGCUGAAAACUGAAUCCAAGGCUUCGAGUUCUUUUAACUUCAAAGCAAAAAAAGUACAAUACAGGUUCAACAGCUCUCUACUAGAUGCAAUAGACGGGGCUGUCAAGACCAUCUCAAAAGGCAACCUUUCAGCAGCCAAUUCAGAGCUCAAAAGAGUGAAAAUUCUCAUUACUAAACGCAACAAGUUAAUUCAUUUCGCAUACAAGAGCCUCGCUGGUUGGACAGUCGUUGAAGGUUAUGAAUCGGCCGAACCAAUGAUUCAGAGGAGAGAAAAAGCUCCCAUCGGCUGAGAGACGAGCACUCGUUAAGAUUCGGGAGAGGAAGCGUAGAAAUGUGUCUAGCCGGCCUAACCCUACAACUACUCUUAAUUCAGCGAGGCUCCAUUUGCUGGAUCAUCCAUUGGCAGUUCUUUUUCUCCUGAUCAGCCUCCUUUUUUGCAUGGAGUCUUUUCGUGGACGUCAGCCUCAAAAGGCAGACAAGCGCUUUAGCUGCGGACAGAGAGGCCACUGGGCGAAUUCUUCCUCCUGCCCAAACCGUUUUAGAGGAACCAUUCCAGCCGUUACAAGCAGUAAAAAUACAAACUGA